AUGGGAUCUCUGUUUCCUGGGCUUCCAGAUGAAAUCGGGUGGGAAUGCCUGUUGAGGGUGGAGUUGAAUUCUCAUCAUAACCUCAAGUGUGUCUGCAAAAGCUGGAACGCCGCAUUGAAAAACCCCCAUUUUUAUGAGGAAAGGAAAAGAUUGAAGAUUUCUGAGCAACGGAUUUGUAUGCUCGACGACCGCAGAGGCAUAGUGGUAUACGACGUAGAGGAGAAGUCGUAUAGACGUCUACCGCCCAUUCCCACAGAAAUUACAAACUCCUAUCACUGUCAUUUCGCAAAACAAAAAUUGGUUAUAAUAUCCGAUUAUGAGUUUUCCGAUAGAGACAGAUGUAUUAGUAAUUCUGUGUGGCUGUUCGAUUUUACUUGUUCCAAAUGGCGGCGGGGUACGGAAACGCCUAGACCGAUUCUAGGCUUUGCCUCCGCAGCGGAUGAGCAGGGGGGACUGAUAUAUGUGGCUGGGGGGCAUUGCAUAUUUGCCAAGGAUGUCCGGCGUUGCACUUCAGUAUACAAUGUGGAGGAGGACAAGUGGGAUUUUCUCCCAGACAUGAACGCCUACAUGCCGUCCUAUAGCGCUGUUUUUUCUGACGGCAAGUUUUAUGUCUACUCGGGGGGCGAGAUUGAGCCCACUUUUGAGGUCUUUGAUCCCUACACGAGAAGCUGGAAAUCUGUGGAGAAUAGAUUCAACAGCGCGUGUUUCCUAAGUGCAUUUGGGCGCUUGUAUUGCUUGUCUGAUCCGGAAUAUGAGUAUACCCAACCGAGGGAAUUGAUUGAAUAUGAGUAUAGCCAAGAUAAGUUUCACAUUGUAGGGGCUCAUUCAAUGGAGUGGUGGGAACCACUUAUCUUCACUGUAGAGGUUGGCCAUAACAUCUUUGUGGGCAGCAUGGAUUACGAUUUUGUUCAAACAUUUCUUACGUUUACACCUCCAAGUGAGACAGGAGGAGCAUUCAAGAGGAUUGGCAUUGACAGACUAUCAGGCCUCUCGAGUUUUGUUUUACAUGCGGCUACCCUGGAUCUUUGA